ACGCUUGCUAGGUCGCAUCAAGGUCUCUGGUCGUGAGUUUGCCAAACCAUGUCAGUUUGUUUCGCCGGUCAUUGAUAUGCUCGCGAGACCCCUGUCAUUCGGCCAUAAUAUCACUGUCUCAUCGCCUCCUUCGAGAAGAUCUUGCAGUCGGAGGUUUUCAAGGUCUACUUGACUUAUCGUAACUGGAUGAAAAGACCCGGCAGGAGGUCCCUGUUCGGUCACUCAAUGGUUCUUCCACCGGGGACGAAAGUCAGCGUUUACUGGGGAGAUCAAAUGAUGUCACGCUGAAGGCCGCCGUCAUUCUUCUAUUGGCUGGAUUGCGUUAUCAAUUAUAUGUAUCAUUUCAAUUCAACUGCAGUCUUUACAGCUUUUCUCAGGCAACAAAGUGCUUUCGCUCGGGUAUCAAGACACUACUCGAUAGCUCCAGCGUAUCAGAUUCCGUGGUCAAUACGAUGCAAGUUACACUGAUGGCGCUUCGCGACUAGAUUCAAACCAUAUGCUCCCAUGAUAGCGCGAGAUGAGAGCUUUCUGCCAUUCGGCUGAAUUUUCCUCUAGAGGCUAUUGUCAAUGGGCUGAGAGCAGAAGUGAAGGUACUGGACAAUGGGACCUCGUCCUCGUUCCUGGGAACAGCCUCUCUGUCACUGGUACCGCCCCUAUUCAAGGGCUGUACUUAUUCUACUGCAUCGCUGAGCACAGAUAUCAUGGCGCCAGCAGCAUUAGCCAGGCACGGGCGCCAGUGGUGACGGCAAGAAACAACAUGCUGUCCAAGACUUCUCCUUCUUAACCAUCUCCACACCGGAAACUCGGAAGUGCACACCUUAUCAUUACAACCAGGUUACCUGACGUCUGCCGGUCACGCGCAGGACGAACAUCAAGAGAAGCGGGAAGUGCGAGUGGGCCGUCAAAAAUUCCCCCGCAGCAUUGAACAAAUGUAUUCAGGGACUCGUGACACACCUCUCGAGCCUCAAGUGGAGGAUCACGUCGAAACGCAAGUGACCAACCCGAAGAAACAAGACUUUUAUUCUAGACCUGACGUGAUAGAAACGAACACUGCAGAAACACCUGUUCAGAAUCCAGAGACUAUUCGAUUAGCGACUCAUGAGGCAGAAUCCAGUGGGAGUUUAGGAAUGCAGACGAAUGCCUUAGGUGUUUCAGCACCAUAUUUAAAGUCACCUAUACCAAUGUCGGAAAGGCAGGAAGCAUAUGAGCGACGUGAGUCUGAUGCAACUUGGUGGCUCAAGACGGCACGAACUAUUCGCGAUGGAGACGAGGCAAAAAUCAAAGAUUACAAAGAGGACAUUGACACGCUACUGGUGUUUGGCGGUCUAUUCUCUGCCGUAACAACCACAUUUCUCAUUGAGUCAUACAAGACUCUCAACCAGGACUCUACGGAGGCUUCGCUGCAAGUCCUGUUGCAUAUCUCCCAGCAACUGAAUAGUUUCGCUCUGAAUGGAGGUUUCGCAAACAGUACAAUCGCCGCUUUGUCAUCUCUGCCAACAUUUGAAUCAUCUCUGGCUCCUCUUGCAACCAACGUCCUUUGGUUUGGAAGUUUGAUUAUCAGUUUGAUGGCAGCAUCAUAUGGAAUGCUCGUAAAGCAAUGGCUGCGCGAAUUCUUGGCAGGGGACUACACGUCCCCUCAAGCUCGGCUUCGCGUCCGUUGUUUCCGGUAUCCCGCUCUUACGAAUUGGAAAGUCUUCGAAAUUGUGGGGAUCCUACCUUUACUCUUGCAGCUUGCAUUAGGUCUGUUCUUCGUUGGACUAUGCUUUUUUACCUCGUCGGUACAUCCCAUCCUUCAUCGGACGACUGUUUCAUUCGUUGUCGUGUGGGCAUCCUUCCUUCUGAUGGCAACGUUGGCCCCGGCGUUCUCUCCACGAUGCCCGUACAAGACAACUUUUCUGAAGGACGCUAUGAAAUCCAUUCGACGGCUCAUGUUCAUGCUCCGAUUUCCUUUGCAACUUCUCGCAAGUAUUCACGAAACGGUAACUCGCUACCUCACCCACAUCAACUAUCAGCACUCCACCUUUGUACCGUUGAGCGUUACAGAAGCAUUCGUCCUGCGAGAUGAAUGCCCAACUAGCGAUGGCUGGGUUCUGGUAGAAGGCGAUAUGUUAGUGAUGAAGGACUUGGAGGAGGGCGAGGACACGUCAAAAGGCUCUAUGUCGUCCCAGUUUGAAAGUCCAGAUAUCACCAAACACUCGCACCUCAUGCUUAUGCUUCGUUCCCCUCGUCGGCUUCUCGCCAGCAUAGGAGAUAUCAUAAAAUCCUACUUCUCACAUCUCAACCAACCUAGUCCUCGACACCCGCCUAUCGGUCUCUUCAGUGCGUUCUCUAAACGAGUCGGGUAUAUCCCAACCGAGGAAGAGGACAUUGCCAGGAAUGAAACAGGCGACCUCCACGUACUUGCCGAUGUUGACGCUAUCCAAUUAGAUGAUCAUUUGCUGCGCACGGCUCUACUUGACCUGACUUCUGGUCAUAGGUCUUUCAAUGGUCAAGAUGUCACCUCCUUGGUUCUUCGGAUCUUACAUCAUCGUGACCCUACCAUACAGAAGUCGAAGGAGGGGCAGUAUCCCAAUUUGCGACGAUUAUCGAAUUCUUUGAGGAGUGCAGUGCUUCCUAUCCUCGCAGCUCCUUUGGUCAAUGAAGUUCAGCCACUUGUCCUGAGGGGGGACACAAAACCAGUUGCCGAAUGGGAAGACUGGAUGCGAGAUUCCAUGUGUAUGAUAUUCACCCUCGCUGCCGCACCUUCUUUUGAUGAUCCAAAAGGAGCUCUCCAUUUGUGCUUGCAGCUUGACUUUCCCGGAGUCAUCUGCAUGGUCGCCUCCAGGAUAAGUCCGGAUAUCGAUAAUGCCCGUUUUGAACGUCUCAUUGGUAGACUAUGGAAAACACUCUAUGACUUUGACGAAGACCGCCGGGUGUCCGCUAUCGCAAUGAUAGGGUCCUAUCCGCCCAUUGCUGGUGCCAAUGAAACAAUGUUCAUUCUGAGGAUCCAGAUUCGACUUUUGGAGAAGUGUGCUGAGCACGUUGGAAGGACAAUCAUCGAGACGUUCUUGCAGACAUCUCCAGAUCUUUUGGGCAACUCUGGCAAUUAUCUUCAUCGAGUUAUUGCAGCCCACAUCCAGCAGAAUCGUGAUCAACCAUCCAACUCUUCCUGCAUAGAUGAGCUGCGUCCACUAGUAGACACGGAGAGCAUGCAUAUAAAUAGCAUUGCCGCUAUUGUAAUCAACCUCAGUGAGCAUGGUCACCAGGAAUGGCCGACGUGGUUGAAGGAAGCCAUCUUACCUCUGUUGCUGGCGCUUUCAGGUUCAUCAAUAUCUUCGGACGUAAUACAUCAAAUUCUACGCCAAUGUCUUCGCGCCAAUCUCACCCAAUUCUACGAGCUCUGCGUGCAAUGCAGUGUCUCAUGUCCCGAGUUCAAUCUUGAAGUCGUGCUGCAGUUCUUCAGUGCAGAAUUGAAAGCACUUCCUGGGGAGACACUCAGAAAGCACCUGCACACAUUUGAAACAAGUCCAUAUCCUCUGCCGUCCGUGCACGCGGAAUUCAUGCACUUGUGGCUAGCUGAAAAGACAGUUGCCUCUCUCGAUCCCCACAUGACGGUUCUGGAUGCCUUUCGCCAGUCUUCGGGCGAUUCAUCACCUCCAGCUUUCGCAGUGAUAUCUCUGGCACUGCGUGUUAUCCAGUACCGGCUUCAUCGAGAUGACAUUCCGACCUCAAACCUUCAAACGACGCUCGACCUAGGUGAUCUUGACGAACACACCUAUGACGAUAUCACUUAUCAUGCCGCGAAGUUACUUGAAUCUUGGCUUUGGCAUAUCGACACAAUCCUCGACGGCGGCCUCCGAAGUCUUCAACAGUCCACCGAGGUGAAGGAUGCUAUCAUUCUGUUGCUGGCUAGAUCCCCGUAUCGACUGGGAUGGGAAUUCGCAUAUAUAAUCCUUGCGGAUCCGCUAUUUAAAGAACUUGUUGAGCAUGUCGAAGGGUUAAGGGAGGAUGUUCGUGUUGAAUUGAAACAGAUAUGGGAAGAUAGGCUACUAGAGGGUAAAAGAGAGGGUGUUAUUAGCUAGCUGAUUACCGCAAAACAUAUGUUUCUCUCAUUGUAGUCACGUGAACAGACUUUCAUUCUACAGAGGGCCGCUAGUCAAUGUCUGACAGACAUACUUGUUUGCUCUAUAUUUUCUUUAUUCAGACUGCAUUCAUCAGC